AUGCAAGCUCAAAGGUACUUGACCACCGACUCGGGCAAUGUUAUUUGUAAAACAAACCAGAUCAAGGGCUCAAAAUUCAUUGUGAUAGGGGGUAAAACACAAAUAGAAAAUGCCGUGGAAAUUCGUGGAGAUAUGAGUCCCGACGGGCAGCCUAUUGUAGCCAUAGGGCGCUACUGCUUUUUCGGGCCUUCCAGCAGUUUGAUUCCUCCAGUUCGCGAGGAACGUGCUUAUCCGUUAAAAAUUGGCUCCUUUGUGUAUGUGGGUGAGAACUCCAAAAUUCAGGCGGCCACCAUUGGGUCACACGUUGUUAUAGAGUCCGACGUCCAAAUUGGUGAGUUUGCCAUCAUCAAGGAUUGUGUGGUAAUUCGCAAAGGGUCGAAAAUACCUCCGUUCGCUGUCGUAGCUCCGCAUUCAAUUGUGGAACCUCGCGGACGCGUUACCGAAUUACCAGAGUCGGGGCGCCCCGCAAUUGAGUUGUACUGCAGGCAGUUACUCGCGGGGUUGAGUUUAGACCCACCUUUCUGA